AGAAAGACCAGCUGCGCGAAAGCUGACUUCCCGCAGGAAAAAACAAACAAACAUCUAAAACAAAGCGAAAGCAUUAACUAAAAACAAACUGCUAAAUUUCGUCUGCAAAAAAUAACUAGUUGCAAACGAUAAUGCCCGUUCCGACUUCGAAUUCGAAGUGUUCUCUCAAAGCGGAGCUGCAGGGCCAGGAAGUUCGAACUUCCCUGGUGGUCUGCGAGGGCUCGUGUCCCCCACCGGCCCUUACGGAAGUGGACGACGAAAGAGAAACCUGGGACAAGAAAGCCGAGUUUUUGCUGGCCGUGAUAGGGUUUGCUGUGGAUCUUGGAAAUGUUUGGAGAUUUCCUUUCAUAUGCUACAGAAACGGAGGAGGAGCGUUCCUCAUCCCAUAUGUUAUCAUGUUAAUAUUCGGAGGCCUGCCUCUUUUUUACCUAGAGCUGGCUCUAGGACAGUAUUACAGAAAUGGUUGCAUAACGAUAUGGGACAAGCUGUGUCCUAUGAUGAAAGGUAUAGGAUAUGCCAUCUGCUUCAUCGACUUGUACAUGGGUAUGUAUUACAACACUAUCAUUGCGUGGGCCUUCUACUACCUGUUCGCUUCCUUCACCUCGGAACUGCCGUGGACAAGAUGUGACAAUCCAUGGAAUACCGAGAACUGCCUCACUCUGGCAGAGAGAAGCGUCAAUUCCUCCAGCGAUUCCAAAAGCCCCGCGCAGGAAUAUUUUGAGCGGAGUGUCUUGGAAAUACAGAGAUCACCUGGAAUUCAAAGCAUCGGACCCAUCAAAUGGACGCUAGCUUUUUGUCUGAUGGCCGUCUUCAUACUUGUCUACUUCUCUUUGUGGAAAGGAGUUAAAAGCUCCGGCAAGGUCGUAUGGUUCACAGCCACCAUGCCUUAUGCAGUGCUGUUUAUCCUUUUAUGCCGUGGAGUUACUCUGGAAGGAUCUCUCGAUGGUAUAAAAUAUUACCUAUAUCCGAAAUGGGAAAAGCUCCUUGAAAGUGAUGUAUGGAUUGAUGCCGCAACACAGAUUUUCUUUUCACUAGGGCCAGGGUUCGGUACUCUUUUGGCGCUUUCAAGUUACAACAAAUUUCAUAAUAACUGUUACAGAGAUGCCAUUUUUACAAGCACGGUGAAUUGCCUAACAAGUUUUCUCGCUGGCUUUGUCAUUUUUUCUGUCCUGGGAUAUAUGGCACAUAUGCUAAAGAAAGAUAUCAGUAAUGUUGCCACUGAUGGUCAGGGACUUGUAUUUGUGGUGUAUCCUGAAGCAGUAGCCACCAUGAGUGGCUCUGUCUUUUGGAGCAUCCUCUUCUUCCUCAUGCUCAUUACUCUCGGAUUAGAUAGCACGUUUGGUGGAUUGGAAGCUAUGAUAACAGGACUGUGCGAUCAAUUUCCUAUUCAUCUGCGACGAAAUAGAGAAAUCUUCGUUGGAGUUGUUGUUAUCUUCAUCUAUUUAUGCGCACUGCCAACUUGUACUUUCGGAGGAUACUACAUAGUACAUUUACUAGAUUCUUACGGUACUGCCAUGUCAGUCCUCUUCAUUGUGUUCGUUGAAGCUGCAGCCGUUUGUUGGAUUUACGGAGCUGAAAGAUUUUCUGAUCAAGUGAAAGAAAUGCUCGGAUAUCGCCCAGGAAUAUUCUGGAGAGUUUGCUGGAAGUACAUUAGUCCUAUUUUCAUUUUGUGUAUUUUCAUUUUUGCCAUGGUGCAGUACAAAGAUCUUUCUCUUCAAGACUAUACUUAUCCAAGAUGGGCCAUUGGCGUCGGAUGGACACUGACUGCGUCCUCCCUUCUAUGCAUCCCUGCUUACAUAACAUACUACUUGAUAACCACACCUGGAACUUGUAUCGAGAGAGUCCAGCGUGGCUUGAAUCCCGAAACACAAACUCAGCAGCGUCAAGAGAGAAUUCCUAUCAAUCCCCGGGUGAUACUAGGUUCGGCCUGACUGCACUAGGUUUGUUAGUUGUCGUAAUACACACUUUCGUCAAACCUGCCACUGAAAUCUUCAAAAGGCACAAAACGCUACUUCAUUGUUUCCUGGAACAAAUGGGACGCUCAAAAGCUUCAACUUUCCUUCCUCGUGACAUAAGUGUUAUGAUUAUUCCUUCUCUGAAGACAACGAAAUUAUUCGUAGUUGGAUUCUAAGUGUUUACGUGUACUUAAUUUGUCUUCACCAUCAAAGUGUUUGAUGUGAGAAUCUUUUUUUUUUCAUCCUGUUUCAUUUUCGAUAAAUAAUAACUGAUCCUUCGUGUAUUUACUAUAUAAUGGAUGUAAUGAUAUAACCAUUUGCUAUGUGUCAUAUUUUGAAUUCUUGUUUCAUGCAGUGUACUUGAACAAGACGCUAUACUUGUUAACAAAGUUAGUAGCUUCGUACUCUAUAUAUCAAAGUCAGAACAUAACCAAGGUGUACAUAAAAUGUUUGCUAUGCAUUAGUAUGAUAUCAUUAACCAUUCAUUUGGAGAUUUUGAUAUUCUGUCUGACACACUUUCAUUUGUUGAAUAUCAUGGAAAUGUAUUCACUGCUGUUUAUGGAAUGUGUUUUUUUUUCUCUUCUUCAGACAUAAGAUAGAUGACACAGCUUUCUCAUAAUGAUUGUGCUUUGCUUGAUACUUGUAUUACAGUCAACGUUAUUUUACAUCGAGGAAUCUUCUAGACCAAUUUUAUGACUAGGUGAUGAACAAAAAGAAAAGAAAAUUGAGUUCUUCUUGAAACAUAUCUUCAAAAAAUUAGAAACUAUGACUAUAAUUUAAAAAAUACAGGAAUUAGAAUAAAAUAGAUUAGAAAGACAAAAUUUGAAGAAUAAAAUAUCUUGCUAAAUUAAAAAAAAAAUAUUCUAAUCUCAAAUAGUGGUAUGAGCAAUAGGCAUAAACGCCUUCUUAAAAAAUAGAAGUGACUAAAUAGUUUUUUUUUUUUUUUUAGAUUGAAGCCCAAUAAUUUUUUUCCCACAAUUUUUCUAAUAAUAAAAAAGCACACCAGUAUUCGUAACUUUAUUUCCCACGAAUAAAACUUCAAAUAAUUUUACGUAAAAAUGAUUGAAACCGUACUUCAUUUUCAUUUUAUAUAGUUUGUCCGGAAAUGAUGCGAUGAUUUCAUAAGAUGUAUUGAAUUAUUUGGAAUGUAUUUUUACAGUAAUUUCUCAAAAUUAAUAGGUUAUUUAAUACAUUAUAGACAGGAAAAUUCCGCUAAAUUAGAGUUUAUUCCUGAUUUUUAUAAAAAGUAUUUAUUUAUUUUUACUUCAUACAGUACAAAUGUAGAAAAGAAAGAUGUUGGGGAAAAAAAAAUUAUUUUAAAAGAUGUCAUCUUUUUUAUUUAUUCACAAGUUUUACAGAUUUUCGUGCUGCCAUCUAGUGUGUAGUAUGAAAUACAAUAAUACUGAUAAGGUUUUUUUUUAAAACUUCCAUCUGGAAUUUUAUUACUAAGUAUAAAUAAAGAGAAUGUAAAACCGGACGAAAGCAUCAAAAAUCGAACUGUUUCAUUUAUUUCAUGAUAUCUGGUCAUUUUUCACUGAUAUUAAUGAAUGGCAAUAAGCUGCAUCUAACAAUAAUUAAUGAUACUAUCUACUCGGAAAUGAUCUAAACUCUGUAUCAAAAUAGUGUGAAAUAUUUUAGAAUUCAUAAAUCUUUUGGGAGAAUUUUCUAUAAAUUAAUUUUAAAUCUAUUUUAGAUGUGCUUUUUCAUUUUUUUUUUAAGUGAACAGUUUAGUUAUAAGUAAGAAGCGGGACUUUUUUUAAUCAAGCUGGUAUUCAAUACUAAAAAUUGUCACAGUUCUAGAUAAUUCAAGAUUUUUGGUCUGUCUAAUAUAACUGAAGUGUUAAAAUAAAUUAAUCAAUGAAUUUUGAAUGGAAGAAAUCUAAAGCAUGAGCUAUUUAUUUCAAUCUAAA